AUGGGCAUCAUUCUCAUUUGUCUGUCUCUCUUUGGAGUUGCAGUGGCAACUGUUAUUACAGUGAUUUUUUUCAUUUUUCGAAGCACGCCCAUAGUUAAGGCCAACAACUCUGAGAUGAGCUUUCUACUGCUGCUGUCUCUUAAACUUUGCUUUCUUUGCUCUCUGAUAUUUGUGGGCCGUCCCUCACCAUGGACAUGUCGCACCCGGCAGGCUGCGUUUGGUAUCAGUUUUGUACUUAGUAUCUCAUGCAUACUGGUCAAGACCAUUGUGGUGCUCUUAGCCUUUCGUUCCACUAUGCCUGGUUCCAGUUCCUUAAAGUUAUUCAGCCCUCCACAGCAAAGGGCCUUCAUUUUCUGCUGCACAACGGGUCAAGUUAUUCUAUGUGCUUGCUGGCUGGCACUAGCACCUCCUUAUCCUUAUAAAAACACAUCCUAUCAGGAUGGUAAGAUUGUACUAGAAUGUAAAGACAUGUGGCCACUUGGAUUUUACAUGGUGCUGGGCUAUAUUGGAUUGCUUUCUUGUAUGUGUUUUGCCCUUGCCUUCCUUGGGCGGAAACUUCCAGAUACAUUUAAUGAAGCUAAGCUCAUCACCUUUAGUAUGCUCAUCUUUUUUGCAGUGUGGAUAUCCUUCAUUCCAGCAUACAACAGCUCACCAGGGAAGUACACGGUGGCUGUUGAGAUAUUUGCCAUUCUUGCUUCCACUUUUGGACUUCUAUUUUGUAUUUUUGUACCUAAAUGUUACAUAAUUCUGCUGAGGCCUGAUUUAAACACUAAGAAGGCCAUGACUGGAAAAACAACAAAAUGCUUUUUUAUCAAAUUACUAUACAUUACAUUGUCCCUGUCAGUGAUAAUUUCAUGA